AUGAAUGAGUGUCUGCAGGAGGCCAUGAUGGACCACUCCUUGCAGUCUAUCUCUUACAUCGCCGAUAUCGGCAGCAUCCUGGUCCUGAUGGCUCGCAGGAAGCUGCCAGGCCGACGCACUGCAGAGGGAGAGGGGGAGGGAGAGGCUUCCUGCUCACCAGCCCAGAAGAAGUGCUGCAUGAUCUGCCACGCGUUCCACUCCGAAGACGCUCAGCUCAUGGCUCAGGCGAUUGGCCAGGCGUUCAGCGUUGCCUAUCAGCAGUUCAUGCAGGUGAACGGCAUCAAGCCCAGCGAGCUGCAGCCCAGCGAGUACAGCGACUACCUGGGGACACAGGAGCUCUACAACGGGGACCUGGUGCACUUCUCCCGCUCCGAGAACAUCCGUCAGGUGUGCAUUGAGAAGCCGCGUGGGGAGAUCCUAGGCCUGGCCAUCGUGGAGUCUGGGUGGGGUUCCAUACUGCCCACAGUGGUAGUAGCUAACCUCCUCCACGGGGGGGCAGCAGAGCGCUGUGGGGAGCUCAGUAUUGGGGACCGAGUCAUGUCUGUCAAUGGCACUAGCCUGGUGGGGCUGCCCAUCACCACCUGCCAGAGCAUCAUCAGGGAUCUGAAGAACCAGACAGAGGUGAAGCUCAGCAUUGUGCACUGCCCCCCUGUUACCAUGGCGAUCAUCAAACGGCCGGACCCAAAGUACCAGUUGGGCUUCAGUGUCGAGGAUGGAAUUAUCUGCAGCCUGAUGCGGGGUGGCAUUGCAGAGCGAGGCGGGAUUCGUGUGGGGCAUCGCAUUAUUGAGAUCAACGAGCAGAGCGUGGUUGCCACGCCACACAAGAAAAUCAUCCACAUCCUGACCCAUGCCGUGGGAGAGAUCCACCUGAAGACCAUGCCAGCCUCUACCUACCGCCUCCUCACAGGUCAGGAGCAGCCUCUGUUUUUGUGAAGGCCCUCAGAGGCCGAUGCAGGCAUAGGGAGCAACACAGCCCAGAGAGAAGAGCCCGACACUGAAGCAGGGUACUCUGUGGUUCCUUCUGCUGUACCCUCAUCACGUUAAGUGCUGGCUGUUAGGCUGCGGGAUAGUGCAUGGGAAUAUCCUUGUUAUUUCAUGCAGUGCACUUGUCUUUGCGUCUUUUCCUCCAAAGGCACCAGAUUGUGAACCUGGCAGCAGCACUUGUUGAGAGAUAUAUGGAGCUCAUCCAUGCUGUAGCAUUGCACUCUCUUCAUGCUAUUAAAAGAGUUAUUAAUCGAUCCUCCACAUUGUGCUAAACUGUCGGUGGUACUUAAUCUGGUUUCCAGAAACGAUGCCCAAUUCAAACUUCUUUAUGUAAUAUUUGAGAAGGUACACCCAGGUCGUGUGUCUGUUUUUUUAGGUUUAAACACUUCGAAUCACGGCCCCCUCAUUAAAGUGA